AUGAAACUUUUAAUAUUUUUCCUGUUUAUCUUUUUAAUUUCGACAUGUGCUAUUUGUUCAUCAAAAAAUGAUUUAAACUUCUGUAAUAGCUAUCAUAGAGGAAUUUUAAAAUAUCAUCAAAAAAAAGAUAAAAAUGAAUUUUUUAAUGUAUCAGCUGUUCUAAAGGAUAAUACUUUGGAAUUAUAUAGAGGAUCAAGACUCUUUGAAAACAUUGAUUUAAGAGAAGUUAUAACUCCACUAAUAAUUUUUUCAACAAAUUCGGAAUGUUUGACAAUUAAUAUUAUUAACAAAGAUUCAAUAGUUCUUUGUUGUAAUACAGAAGAGUGUAUAAAUAAUUGGUGGUUUUUUCUAACAAAACAAAUACUUUGCCUUAAUCAAGGGGAAAUGAGGCAUGAAGAUGAUAAUAAAACAAUUGAAGAUGAUCAAUAUAAUAAUAUGAACAAUAAUUUUGAUGGAGUUUCCAUUAAUAUACAAGAGGAUCUUAAUGAUAUCCCUGAUGUUUUAAUAAAAACCGAGUAA